AAGCCUGUGCUUAGCGUUAGGUGUAAUGCUAACCGUGCAAACUGCGGAUCGUGGAUCUUUAUGUUCUUCUCUUUGCAUGUAAGCCCAGAUUCAUUAUUAUAUUCCGGACGCUAUUUGUUCCAUCAUAACAAUCUCAAGGUCUGUUAUUAUUGUAAUUGUUUUAACGCAUUUUUAAAACACAAACGAACAAACCAAUGUCGGAUUCUACAGAAGAACAGAGCCUGAGGGCAUUAAUUAAAGUGGAAGCAGUGGGACAGGCCGUCAUGAGUGAGGAAGAGGCUGACGCUAAUACUGAGCCUAGGCCUAGUACCACUACUAGCAAUAGGCCUAAACCGACAACUGAUACAAAGAAGAAAAGAAAGAAAGGAAAGUGGAAACCCACUCAUCCUAACUCAACCAUGAUGUGCAUAGAGGCAAUUCAGUCUCUAAAGGAAGGAAAAGGUAGUUCAGCGCAGGCUAUCAAGAAAUACAUAUUAGCAACUUACACUACCGUCAGACCUGAUAUGGUAAACUACAUGGUCCGCACAGCACUUACAAAUGGAAUACAAACGGGUGCGUUUGCUAGGCCCAAGGGUGAUGAGUCAAGUGGAGCUCAUGGUCGCUUCAAAGUUGGAAAGAUGGCAGAUAUGCCAACAAAAACUACAUAUAAACCAAGCAGCCAUAAGAAAGCAAGUUCUAAUAAGAAG